GGCAAAGUACUUGGCACAGAUCCUGGUGAUGGGCGCACAAGUUGUGGGGCGGGCAUUCUCAAAGGCUCUACGUCAGGAGUUUGCAGCAAGCAGAGCAGCAGCAGAGGCAAGAGGAGGGCGGGCAGGAAAGGAGUCCGCUGCAGUCAGCAGCCUAUCAGGAAUCAGUUUGCAAGAAGCCCAGCAAAUUUUAAACCUCUCUAAACUGGAGCCUGAAGAGAUUCAGAAGAACUACGACCAUCUUUUUAAAGUCAAUGACAAAGAUGUAGGGGGAUCCUUCUACCUGCAGUCCAAGGUUGUGCGAGCCAAGGAGCGGCUAGAUCUGGAGUUAGAGAUACAAGAUAAAGAAGAUAAACCUGAAGAGGCCAAGACCACGUGA